AUGAAUCCACGAGAGCAAUCUGACAUGCCUCCGGGUCCCUCUUACCCAUCGCCGAACGGAGCGCAGAUGGCUCAAGGCACGAUGCCAUAUUACGGAAACCGCCAACUGACUACCGACGAGCUGCUCUCAGCAGAGCUCUCACGCGAGACCUCCGGCCCUGGGAUUGGAGACGGCUCGAAUAAUGGCGUUCAUCAUAAUCAGGCAAUGGUGAUGGGUUCAUCGAAUGCGGGGGACAUGGGGCGCGCUCCAACUGAUGAUCAACAUCAACAUCAACAUCAACACAUGCUGCAAUUCCCCCCAAGUCAGCAGGUCGGCGUGGACCCCAACCACGAUUUGAGUUACGGUGAACAAAGCGCGCGUAAACGGUCGAAAAUAUCUCGGGCUUGCGAUGAGUGCCGACGCAAAAAGGUGCGAUGUGAUGCGAGUUCGGAAAAUGGUAUCGAGGAUUGUUCCAAUUGUCGGCGACUGGGCGUGAUCUGCCAGUUCAGUCGCGUGCCUAUGAAAAGAGGUCCAAGUAAAGGGUACAUCAAGGAACUAGCUGAGCGCCUUCACACACUCGAGAACCAGAUGCACCCCAGCAUAGUCCAGUCCGACUCGCAGUACCAGCAGUCAAUGAACGAUGCGUCUCUGCCCCGUGCCUACCCAGAGUUCACAUCACCAGACCCUGGGUCAGCCGGACGCAAGCGCGCUUAUUCUGUAUUCGAGGGGCUCCCCAGCUCUUCUUUCGCACAGCCCUCUUUCAACAGUCGCGCGUCCCAGAACGCCUUCGAUACUCCCGACGGAACCGCCGAUCCUUUCAAUCCCUCCAACAUGGGCGGCAAUGCGCCCAAGCCUGGCAACUUGUUUUGGAACCCAUCUGGAAAUGAACAAGAACUUCCCAGCGGGCUGGAUCUGCCUAGUCUUCCACGACACGAAGGUGAUGACGAUCUUGCACCGGUGAAUCUGGAUGAGGGCGCUCUGGACGUAUACUAUCAGAAGGCUCACACUCUCCUUCCAAUUCUGCCACACACUAGAGAGCGUGUCCUGGAAUUACUUCACCAAUGCAAUCGCGAAACUCAGGAAAUCUUCUGCCAUGCUUUGUAUGCCUUCACACGAACUGAUCUGACUCGGGUUGCCGGCGCUUUCGAACGAGUCACCUCUUUUGACAGUGCGCAAACUCUUCUUUUGCAACAUGCUCGCCAGUCAUAUUUGAUGCAAACCCCGGCGGUGAAUUUGAUUAUGCUGCAGACGUUCAUUCUGAUGAUUAUGGAUUGCGACGCGCGGGGUCCUGAUAACUUCUUCUUGAAGGAUGGUGUUUCCAAAGCCACUUUAGUCCAGGUCGCGUACACCCUUGGCUACGACUUGGCCAAGAGUCAUGGUCAGCUGAGACACGACCGGAUCACAGAUGAAGAUCUUGACUCAGAGGCCAACCUGGUCCGGCGAAACUGGGUCUCGUUCAGCAUCCUUGCUCGUUGGUAUGCCAUCAGUGUGACCGACGCUACUGUGGUCUUUGGGCAGGAGAUUGGUGGUCGAGAGGACAUUCGGGUUCUCGGUCAUGUUACCAAUGGGAUUGCGGCCUAUUCUACCUUUCUCUUCGAGAUUCUCACUCUCGCCACAGUUGAUGGUAACGUCUGCCAGACCAAUACUGGUCUGGGUCGAGUGGUAGGUUCUCACAUGGUUGGUGCACUUGAGCGCUUGGCAGCAAUGCAAGAUCUCUUCAGCAUCGAUGAAAUGCCCGAGACCACCACCCGUCCGUUCUUCGAAAGCCUUCAGUAUCAAUUGUAUUGGACCGUUCGCCUUCUUAUCAAGCGCCACGUCUUCGUUUAUAGUCCUUAUGAAAUCAUAUAUUGUGCCCAGGAGGUCAUCAACGAAAUGCACAAAGCAGUGACACACAACCGACCCGCUACUCCGUUUGACUUGCACAGUUUGGCGCUUGCUUCGAUGACUCUACUGGAGGCAACAGUCCUACCAGAGUGGAGUGCGGAGUGUUGGACCUCGCUCGAGAAGGUCGAGGACAUUCUCGAUCGUCGCGCGCAACGCUCAUUAGAAGCAUCGGAAUUCGGAGAUAUAUUCGCCACCUCUGGCUGGGAUGCAAAGAUCCGUGUGUUCAUUGAGUGGCGUCGCGCCAAAUCGCAGGAGUCUCUUCUCCAUGAGGUCGGAGGUGGACAAAAGGUUGUUGCUGGUUCCAACCCUCCCGUCAUGGGACCUAAUGAGCAGCGGUCCCUUCAGCAUCUUGCUGAUCUGGCAGUGGGCGCGGAGGGAUCUGUUGGCCAGAACGCGACGCCCCCACCACCAGGAGGCCUUUCAGGAGACCACAGUGAGUCUUCGCCAAAUCUGGCGCCACAGCUGGCGCAUGGAGGAGGCAAUGGACGCGUCGUGGUUGACUUCACUAUGCUGACGAAGGCCGGCUAUCUUAAUGUCUUUUCUGGUCUGAUAUUCCGUCGCAAUCGUUGA